AUGAAUGGUAGCACAAUUGCGAAGAUGAAUGGUAGCACAAUUGCGAAGAUGAAUGGUAGCGAUCAAUGGUGGAAAAGGGGAAGAGUUCUUGGUAUGGGAGGUUAUGGAGCUGUCUAUGAAGCUCGUCCGUUGCCCGACGACCCUAUCUCUUUUAAUCUUCCACCACUUAUGGCCGCUAAAUCAUUCUUCAGUAAGGAUUCUCUCGACCGAGAGAAACAUGUUUUGUCGAUAUUCAAAGAUGAUCAUCCAAACAUCAUUGGUUAUUAUGGUUGCUCCGAUUACAACAUAUUUUUGGAAUACGCCUCCGGCGGCGACUUAUAUGCAAAAAUAAAGAAGACCUGGGGAGGAUUAUCGGAGAAGGAGGUGAUCGAAUAUGUUAAAGGAAUUCUGUUGGGUUUGAAGUACAUUCAUAAAUUGGGUCUGGUUCAUUGCGAUAUUAAGCCGGAGAAUAUAUUAUUGACGGGCGAUGGAGUUCCAAAGAUAGCAGAUUUUGGAUUGGUCAGGAGAGCUGGAGUGAUUCGCGAAAUUGAUGCAAGGCGAGGGACGCCAGAGUAUAUGGCUCCAGAAGUGAUAACACACGGAGUAUACAACUGGUGGUGUGAUAUUUGGGCAUUGGGCUGCACUGUAUUGAAGAUGUUUACCGGACAGAAUGUAUGGGGAGGAUUUCCGUCUAAUAAAGAUAUAAAAAAUUUCAUUGCAAAACACGACGUCGUUCCAGUAAUUCCUAAUAGUUUGUCUUUUGAGGCCAUAGAUUUCUUGCAAAGAUGUCUUGCGAGGGAUUUUAGAAGUCGAUGGAACGCUGAAUCAUUGCUCCAACAUCCAUUCGUAUUGAGAAAGUCCAAAGAACUCAACUUGUAA